AGAAGUAAAAAAUAAAAAAGAAAAAAACCAGAGUGGGUGAACUGUGGUGGAGGAGGGGAAGAAGAACGAGGAAGCAGUAAGAUCCGCCACUAAUCGCAAUUUCUAUUAGCAAAUCGUGUUUUCUCUAAACCUCCAAACUCGAUGGCGUGCGCGAUUUGUUUGAAAAGAAUGAAAGCUUAGUGAAAUUCACGUUCGAUCGCUCGUGCGUUUCGUUUGGGAUUCUGGAUUUGCGUUCGACGGAAGUCACGUGGUUCGUUGCCUUCCGCUGAAGCGGAAAAGGAAACAAAGAAAUGGCCACUGUUGAUGUUAUCAAAUCUUGCAUCGAUUCCAUUAGACAGAUAUCAGAGGAUAUUGAAGGUGCUAUUGUUUAUUUAGAUGCUGGAUCUACUGAGAGUUUCCAGUUUAUUGGGGCAUAUCCUGUACUUCUAGAUCUCGGGGCACGAGCUAUUUGCAGUUUGGAAAACAUGUGUGCACUUGACGUGGUGGUUGAUUGGAACUCACAUUCUGUCCCUGCAAGGAAACUUGUGGUUUUCACUUCACGUCUACUUAGUGAUGCACAUCGGUAUAUAUUACGUUGCUUGAGCACACAUCAAGUUAUUCAUCAUUGCACUGUAUUUACGUCUAUCUCAGAGACAGCUCACUCAGCAUUUCCCGAUUCACCUCUGGGACCAGAUGCAUAUCAUGAAUAUGAAUCCUUACUGGUUCAAGAUUACGAAGAACUAGUUAAGAAAUCAGGGACUAAUCCUGGACACGCAAAACAUAACUUUGAAGAUGGAGGACGAUCACAAUUUCCUUCUAGUGGACAAGAUGUUCCUAAUCUUGAAGCUAGUUCAAGUGGCAGAGAUUUUUAUGAGCACGUUCCAUCGGACUAUGUUGACGAUGCAGUCCUGAAAUUGGUUGUUUCUGUUCAUCAUUUUCCCAUGAUUUUAUGUCCCAUUUCACCAAGAGCAUUUGUACUACCUUCAGAAGGGUUGGUGGCUGAAGCAUACUUAUCAGCUGAGCAUGAAGAUUCCAUUAGUCCUGGUUUGCCUCCCUUGAGUACUGGGGUGCUGUCUGAUGCUGAUGAGGUGCCUCCUGGGGCUACUCUUACGGCACACUUUCUAUACCACUUGGCAGCCAAGAUGGACUUGAAAAUGGAAAUAUUCUCCCUUGGUGAUAUAUCAAAAACUGUGGGAAAAAUUUUGACAGAUAUGUCAAGUCUUUAUGACGUAGGACGCCGUAAACGAUCAGCAGGGUUGCUACUCAUUGAUCGUACACUUGAUCUUCUCACUCCUUGCUGUCAUGGGGAUUCUCUUGUUGACCGCAUGUUUUCUUCUUUGCCCCGUAGAAAUAGAACAGCUUCCAAUCCCCAAGGCAAAGGUUCAGGAAGCCAACUCAAACUUGGUUCUUCCUACCUGCAACGUGCUUCCUUAGAUGUUCAGAUACCACUUGCAAAGAUCCUCAAUGAAGAAGAUUGGCAAAUAGACAACUUUCGGCUUUUAGAAAGUGUUGAAGCUUUUUUGUGUGGGUGGAAUUCUGGAAAUUCUGAUUCUCAAAUUGCUGGCUUGAUUAAUCUUAGUCAGAAAAUUCAUGGCAAGCCUAAUCACUCUGAUGUAGAGAUACCUACUGGGUCCUUUGUUUCCUCUGAAAAUUUUCGUGGAAUGCCAUUCUUGGAGGCUAUACUAGAUAGAAGAACAAAAGAUGGGGCCUUACUUGUAAAGAAAUGGCUACAAGAAAGUUUACGCAAGGAAAAUGUUACUGUGAAUAUGAAGUCUCGUCCUGGUGUUGUUACCAAACCAGAGUUGCACGCUAUGAUCAAAGCAUUGUGCAAGAGCCAAUCAUGUUUGCUAAGGAACAAAGGAAUUAUCCAAUUAGCUUCGGCCACAUUAUUAGCCCUUGAGGAAUCAAAUUAUGCCAAAUGGGAUGCAUUUAGCAGUGCAGAGAAAAUUCUUAGUGUAAGUUCUGGAGAAACAAGUCAAAGUCUUGCUGUUCAAAUUGGUGAUCUGAUCAAUAAGAGUGCUCUGUUGGGAUCACAUGUAAAUUCAGGUAAAAGGGAGAUCUCAAAGGGUUUGCUUGCUUUGCAAGAUGCUUUGCUGUUAAUGAUCGUUGGUUAUAUAUUGGCUGGUGAGAAUUUUCCAACAUCUGGUUCUGAUGGGCCAUUUUCUUGGCAAGAGGAACAUUUGUUGAAAGAAGCUGUUGUAGAUGCUUUUCUUGAAAAUCCUUCAGUAGCAAAUCUCAAGUUCCUAGAUGGACUAAAGGAAGAACUUGAAACUAAUGUAAGCAAGUUAAAAUCUGAGAAAACCGUUGAAGAAUCUUCAAAACUAGAGAUUGAUGAUUUUGAUGAUGAUCAAUGGGGUAAAUGGGGUGAUGAAGAUGGGGACGACUACAACAAAAAUGAACAAGUGUAUGGUGACAUGCAAGUGAAACUGGAGUUGCGCGAUAGGGUGGAUAACUUUUUCAAAUUUCUUCAUAAGUUAUCUGAUCUGAAAAGAAAGAAUAUACCAUUGAGGGACGGAUCAUUGACCGCGGAAGGCAAUUUUGAUGAAGAUAGAAAAGGAUUACUUUAUAGGCUACUAACAAGGGUGUUGAGCAAGUACGAUGUGCCUGGGUUAGAAUAUCAUUCUUCCACUGUGGGGCGCCUGUUUAAGAGUGGGUUUGGAAGAUUUGGCCUCGGUCAGGCCAAACCAAGUCUUUCCGAUCAAAAUGUCAUAUUGGUGUUUGUUAUUGGGGGCAUUAAUGGAUUUGAGGUGCGUGAAGCUCAUGAGGCGUUGGCUGAAAGCGGAAGACCUGAUAUAGAGUUGCUUGUUGGUGGAACGACUCUUCUUACUCCCGAUGACAUGCUUGAUUUACUGCUUGGAAACUCGAGUUACAUUUAAUUCUUUCAUCGAUAUAAAAAAGAAAAGUAGGAGAUAGAAAUUAAAUUGAAUUUGGUCUUUCUAAAUCCUGCAUGCUGUAUUUAAACUGUUAUAUAGACAAUUAAAAAUUGUAUUUUCUUUCUUUCCAAAAGGAAAAUAGAGAGAAAAUAGUAAUUUUCUUAUACAGUCAACAUUAACCUUUGUUUUUGGUCUAUACAUUAACUUUUUAAAGAUAUAAAUCACAGUUAAAUAAUUUCGAUGAACUGUCCUUCAAGGGAAGUAUGGAGCGAUGUUGGAAAGGGGCCAGCGUGUCGGUGUUCGAUAUACUCUGAACUAGUGUCUGAACAAUGUCGAUCACUUGCUUCUUGUUUUCUCGUUGUUACACAACAUAGGAGAUGGUGUGGUUGAUACGUGGACUAAUUUAGGAUAAAGACUGAAUGGAAUAGAGAAUGAAUUAGUAUGUGUAUGAACGUAUAGAUUGAAUAAUCUAUCCGACAAUUUAUAUCUAAUAAAAUUUUAGUGUUCUUAACUUCAUCUUUCUACCACUUUCAUCAUGUAACGUGUGAGUAUUAAUCGCAAUUUAUAAUAGGAAUAUCUUUCUUU